GGACCUCAAAGUCCAAUCCAAUCCAAUCCACUUUAUUUUCUCUCUCCCCCCAAAUUUUUUUCUCCUCAAAAGAGUCACAUCUAUACAGCCAACCCCCAACCCAAAGGUCCAAUUACGUUUUCUCGGGUUCAAGCCCAAUUCUCUCUCUCUCUCUCUCUCUCUCUUCGGCGAAACCCUAGAUCUCGAGCAAUUGCAGAGGAGCUGAAGAUUGUUCUCGGAGCCUCUGGUACACACAACAGAUCGCAUCUGUUUCUGGGUCUUUCUCAGAAUCACCGAUUGUGCAAAUUUGUUUGGAGCCCAAGGUUGAUUGAACCCUAGAUCUAUUUUCUCUUCUCUUUCCUUCGGCUGCAAAUGUUUUCAGCCCAUGGAUGCAGGAAAUACCGAAACACAGACGCCUAACAAGCGGAGGAAAAAGAAGUCCAUAGUCUGGGAACACUUCACCAUCGAAACUGUGAGCGCUGGAUGUAGAAGGGCAUGCUGUAAGCAAUGUAAGCAAUCAUUUGCAUACAGUACAGGUUCAAAAGUAGCUGGUACGAGCCACCUCAAACGCCACAUUGCCAAGGGGACCUGCCCAGUAGUCCUUCGGAACCAGGAGAGGAAUCAAUUAACUCCAUACAGUGCACCGUCAAAGAUGGGUGGCAUUGGGAAUGGUACUGAAACCCCGAAACGACGGUACAGGACUGCUGGCCCACCUUUCUUUGGGUUUGAUCCUGACCGUUGCCGCAAUGAGAUCACUAGGAUGAUCAUCAUGCAUGAUUACCCACUUCAUAUGGUUGAACAUCCUGGUUUUGUUGCUUUUGUCCAGAGCCUUCAACCACGAUUUGAUAUGUUGAGUUUCAACACCGUCCAAGGGGAUUGUGUAGCAACCUACCUAAGGGAAAAGCAAGGCCUUCAGAAGGUGGUUGAGGGAAUCCCUGGACGAAUCUGCCUUACACUCGACUUGUGGACUUCAAGUCAAACCAUGGGCUACAUGUUUCUAACCGGACACUUCAUUGAUAUUGAUUGGAAGUUGCACAGGAAAAUUCUCAAUGUCGUGAUGGUUCCAUACCCCGAUUCGGAUUCUGCUUUCAGCCAUGCCGUUGCUGCUUGCCUAGCUGAUUGGGCUAUGGAGGGCAGGCUAUUUUCUCUCACUAUAAAUCAACCCUUGAGCGAAUCUGGAAUUGAAUAUCUCAGAGCUUUACUCUCCAUUAAAAACCCAUUGAUGCUUGGUGGUCAACUGUUGGUCGGGAAUUGCCUUGCUCGUACUUUAAGCUGCAUAGCCCAAGAAGCAUUACAGGCAGCAGAGGAAACCGUCAAAAAGAUAAGGAAUAGCGUGAAGUAUGUGAAGACAUCAGAAUCCCACGAGGAAAAAUUUCUCGAGCUAAAGCAACAACUCCAAGUUCCUAGCAUGAAAAGCCUAAUUAUUGAUGACAAAACACGAUGGAACACAACAUAUGAAAUGUUGGUUGCUGCUUCUGAGUUGAAGGAGGUUUUUUCUUGCUUGGAUACCUCUGAUUCUGAUUACAAAGAAGCCCCGUCUAUGGAAGUCUGGAAGCAAGUAGAGACUCUCUGCACGUACUUGAAACUGCUCUUUGACACUGCUACCAUCCUAACUGCUCCAACUAUCCCACCCACAAACACAUUUUUCCACGAAGCGUGGAAAAUCCAGUUGGAGCUAGCACGCGCCAUCCAAAGCGAGGAUCCAUUCACCUGCAACAUUACUAAACCCAUGCAAGAAAAUUUUGAUAAAUACUGGAAGAAUUGUUGUCUGGUUUUGGCUAUUGCAGUCGUUAUGGAUCCCAGGUUCAAGAUGAAGCUUGUUGAAUUUAGUUUCACGAAAAUCUACGGUGAUGAUGCUGCAACGUACGUGAAAAUCGUGGAUGAGGGAAUCCACGAGCUCUUUCUUGAAUAUGUGGCACUCCCUCUGCCUCUAACCCCUACUUAUUUGGAAGAAGCAAAUGGUGGUGGAAACAUGAAGCCUGAUGAGGCCCAAGGAGGAGGAACGCUUCUUUCAAAUGAUGAACUCGGUCUUACAGAUUUUGAUAUGUAUAUCAUGGAGACAAGCAGCCAGCAGUCGAGGUCAGAGUUGGAUCAAUAUCUGGAGGAGUCUUUGUUGCCUCGUGUCCACGAGUUUGAUGUUUUAGGCUGGUGGAAGCUGAACAAGACGAAGUACCCAACACUCUCCAAGAUGGCUCGUGAUAUUUUGACAAUGCCAGUGUGUACUCUUGGAUCUGACUCGGUUUUCGAUACUGUGAGAAAAGAGAUGGACAGCUACCGGUGCUCUUUGCGACCAGAGACAGUGGAGGCCCUUAUAUGUGCUAAGGAUUGGCUCAAGUGUGAACCGAUAGAGACCUCGAAUGCACUUGUGAAAAUGGAAUUCCCCAUUUAGGGUUUUAUUUAUGAUCAGGUUGUGUUCUUAGACUAUGUAUGAUGAUGUUAGGUUGUGAUGAUAUUACUCAUUCCUAGACUUGUAUAAUUGAUGAUCCUCUUCCUUCAUUCUUGGUAUUAGACGGUUUUGCAAACAGGGGAACCAUAUUUGUAUCAUUUUCUAUGUGGAUGCAAUUGACAUUAGGGUUUAUUCUAACAUUAA